CGGGAGCGAGCAGCUGGGAAACCCUCGGAAUCGUUCGCCAUCAAACGACGACGAGAGACGAGCGGCAACUGUCAGCACAGGCAGCACACACCGACACAUCCACAACGAACCGACACACACGCACACACGUAUAAACACCCCGGCUAAGGACGUGUUUUGGCCCCCCCGACAAGACCACCAGCAAUGGGCGACCGCGUAGCGUUACUGCUGCUGGCUCUGGCGACUUCUGCUCUGGCUCUGGAGGUGCCUACCGACGUGUCCAUGGGCCUGCUGGCCGAGCCCCAGGUGGCCAUGUUCUGCGGGAAGCUGAACAUGCACGUCAACGUGCAGAGUGGCAAGUGGGAGCACGACCCCUCGGGCACCAAGAGCUGCAUCGCCAACAAGGAGGGCAUCCUCGAGUACUGCCAGGAGGUGUACCCUGAGCUCCAGAUCACCAACGUGGUGGAAGCCAACACGCCGGUCGGCAUCCAGUACUGGUGCAAGAAGGGCCGCAAGCAGUGCCACCACCACACGCACAUCGUGGUGCCCUACCGCUGCCUGGUCGGUGAGUUCGUGAGCGACGCCCUGCUGGUUCCGGACAAGUGCAAGUUCCUGCACCAGGAGCGCAUGGACCAGUGCGAGAGCCACCUACACUGGCACACCGUCGCCAAGGAGUCCUGCGGCGACCGCGCCAUGAAUCUCCAUGACUACGGGAUGCUGUUGCCGUGCGGCAUCGACCGUUUCCGCGGGGUGGAGUUUGUGUGCUGCCCGGUCGAAGAGGAGCGCGACGCCGACAGCGCCGAGCGGGACGGGGACGACUCCGACGUCUGGUGGGGCGGGGCCGAGGCCGACUACUCUGACAACAGCAUGGUGCGUGAGCCGGUGCAGCCCCCCCAGCAGCAGCCCCAGCCGCCCAAGGCGGAGGAGAAGGCGGCGGAGGACGAGGAGCUGAGCAGGCGCUCCUGGGAGAGCGACAAGAAGGAGGAGGAGGCGGCCACGCUGGACGAGUACCUGGCGGGCGUCAAGGACAACGGCGAGGAGGAGACGGUGCUGGACAACGACCGCGACGGGGACGGUGACGUGGACGUCGCCGUGGACACCCCCGCGGCGGCGGCGGCGACCGUCGUCGAGGACAACAACGCCAAGGACGAGGACGCGGAGAACGACGAGGACGAAGAGUACGAGGACGAAGAGGACGCCGGCGCCGACGGCGAGGGCGCCUACAUGAACGGGGACGAGGACGACGAGGACGAGGACGAUGAAGACGACGAGCCCACCACUAAUGUCGCCAUGACGACCACCACCACCACCACCACCACCACCGAGUCCAUUGAGGAGGUGGUCCGAGAGGUGUGUCUGGCCAGCGCGGAGACCGGUCCGUGCCGUGCCAUGCUGCCCCGCUGGUACUUUGACCGCGAGGAGGGCCGCUGUGCCCAGUUUAUCUACGGCGGCUGCGGCGGCAACAGGAAUAACUUUGACUCCGAGGAGUACUGCCUCUCGGUCUGCAACAGCGUCCUGCCCACUGCCUCCCCCACCACCCCCGACGCCGUGGACCACUACCUGGAGUCUGCCGGGGACGACAACGAGCACGCCCACUUCCAGAAGGCCAAGGAGAGCCUGGAGGCCAAGCACCGCGACCGCAUGGCCCAGGUGAUGAGAGAGUGGGACGACGCAGAGAAGGAGGCAAAGAGUCUUCAGCGCUCCGACAAGAAAGCCGUCAUCCAGCGUUUCCAGGACAAGGUGGACUCCCUGGAGCAGGAGGCGGCCAGCGAGCGCCAGCAGCUGGUGGAGACCCACAUGGCCCGCGUGGAGGCCCUGCUCAACGACCGGCGCCGCCUGGCCCUGGAGAGCUACCUCACCUCCCUGCAGCAAGAGCCCCCCAAGCCCCGCCACGUGUUCAGCCUGCUGAAGAAGUACGUGCGCGCCGAGCAGAAGGACCGCCAGCACACCCUCAAGCACUUUGAGCACGUGCGCAUGAUGGACCCCAAGAAGGCCGCCCAGAUCCGACCCCAGGUGCUGACCCACCUGCGUGUGAUCGAGGAGCGUAUGAACCAGUCCCUGGGCCUCCUGUACAAGGUGCCUGGGGUGGCCGACGACAUUCAGGACCAAGUCGAGCUGCUCCAGCGGGAGCAGGCGGAGAUGGCCCAGCAGCUGGCCAACCUGCAGACGGACGUGCGGGUGAGCUACGGCAACGACGCCCUGAUGCCGGACCAGGAGGCGGGGGGGCCCGGCGAGGGGGCCCAGGGGGGGCUGGACCUGCUGGCCCAGGAGGACUACAUGGACCUGGGCCGCGGCGUGGGCUACGUGCACCCCGAGAGCUUCAACAACCAGGCCAACACGCAGAACCAAGUUGAACCUGUGGACAGCCGCCCCAACAUCGAGAGAGGACAGCCCACACGACCAGUGACAGGGAUGAAGAUGGAGGUUGUCCCUGAGCUGAGGAUGGAGAAGGAGGAUCGACAGACCGACUUUGAGGUCCAUCAUCAGAAACUGGUGUUCUUCGCUGAGGACGUGGGCUCCAACAAGGGCGCCAUCAUCGGGCUGAUGGUCGGGGGCGUUGUCAUAGCGACCAUCAUCGUCAUCACCCUGGUGAUGCUGAGGAAGAAGCAGUACACCUCCAUCCACCACGGAGUCAUCGAGGUGGACGCUGCAGUCACCCCUGAAGAACGCCACCUCUCCAAGAUGCAGCAGAACGGCUACGAGAACCCAACCUACAAGUUCUUUGAGCAGAUGCACAACUAGGAGUCACAACAACGUCCCCCACACACACACACACACACACACACACCUAACACAAAUUCAUCCAUAACCCCCAAACCCCACCUGCACCCCCCCCCAAAACCUCACCCAGCCCCCCGACCCUGACCUUGAGUUUCCCGCCUCUUCGCUGCCCUCCAAAACGACCACCAUAGUUGUAGUUUUUAUCUCCUUUAUAACGGCAACCAUAGUUGUAGUUUUUGUGUCCGAGAAGGUUCAGGUAAAACUACAACUGCAGUUGUUAGUUGGAGAUGGGAAUUGUAGUUUUAUGCUGCCGUCGGGUGAACUACAACUACGCUUGUAGUCUGGAGAAGGGAGUUGUAGUUUUUGCCAAUGAGUGGAUAAAAAUUGUUAUUUUUGAGGAUCUGUUGCAGUUGAUGACUCUUGUUUUAUUUUUCCUUUUAAUUGAACCCUGGGUCUCUUAACCACUAAUGUGUGCUUUCAGCAUUUGGGGAUUAGAGGAAAAUAAACAGCAACACACGUUAUCGUUUAGCCUUUUCCCACGUGGCUUGAUGAAAAUGAAAGAGUGGAGGAGGUAAGGGACAAGAAAGCCGUUUGACGGACGGUGAGAGAGAAGUUUUACGAUGAAUACCAGAUGCAGUGGUCGACAGUUUCCUCUCAAACAUGCUAAUUGGGAACAACCCUGACGUAAAUCUCGACACAACGACGUACACAGUCCUGUGCACGUUGUUCGUGUUCUUCACGACGACGCAAACACCACAAACAAAAUGGCUGCCGUUGUUCCUAUUAAAAAAACACGCAUACAAAGUUACAGCACACCCCCACUCCCUUGCACUGCGACGCCACAUCCCUCCCUCCCUCCCUCCCUCCCUCCCUCCCUCCCCCCCUCCCUCCUCCCUCCCGGUCCUUCUCAUUUCUCCGGACCGCUGGGCGGGCUCACGUCACUGGGGACUCUAAGGGUCAACGCUAGAUGAGGAAGAUGCGAUGUGGUAACGAGACGUGUUUCCGAAAAAAACUGGUUUUGAUCAUUUUCGUUUUAUUUGCAUUUUUACUUCUCUUUUUUCGGGCGGGGGAGAUUUCGUUUUUUUAUCGGAAAGGGAGUGAGGAGGGAGGGAGAGAAAGGAGAGAGAGAGAGAGAGAGAGAGGGAUAGCGGAUGUAUUGUUGAUUUUCAUUUUUUGUUUUUUUAUCGCGUUUUAUGUACCGGGGGAAUGCCGAAAUCAUAGCCGUUUCUACGUAGUGCAUGACAUGAUGACGGGAAACGGGAUUUCGGAAUCGGAAACAAAAAAAGAGGAAGACGACGAUGAUGAGGAGGAGGAGGGGGAGGAAGAUAUCCGUGACGGGGCUCAUGUCGAGUGCCGUCCUCACCUAUAGAUUGUCAUACUUAGCAAGAUUGUACAUUUUAAUAUCUUUCUCGUGAUUGCGUGAACUUCAGAACAAUGGUUUCAACGACAAAAUAAAAAAUAUAUCUUAAUCUAAAAAAAACGAACAAGCUUGAUAUCACGUUAAAUACACUUAAAAAAGAGAGAUCUCUUUUUUUGCUUUUUUUUGGAAUUGUACAUUUUUAUAGCCUAUUUUACGUUCAUGUUUUUACCGUUCUGUUUCCUCUGUGUGACGGGGGGGGGGGGUGUAAGGCCGCUAGUAGGCCCGACUAUAUUAUCCUUAAUCUCAGAAAUGCAUUGUGCUGAUGAAAUAUCUUUUAAGCUUUUUCGAACAAUGUCACUUAUUUAAGUUGUUGAAUUUUUUGAGUGGCAUUUUCCAUUCCAGUCUCGUGUACUAUUGUUUUUUACGGGCUUGUGCUUUCGGCUUGUGUAUAGAGGGGCGGGGAGAAAGGGGUUUGGAGGGAAAUGAUCUGACAUAUGGAAAGACAAGAAGGAGGGGGGAGGGGGGGAAAUGAAAAUUGUGUCGUUGUGUGUUUGUUUUCUCCCAACGUUGUAAUGAGGUUCGUCCAAGUCUGUGUGUCUGUUUUUUCUUUUUCCAAAAUAAACCAACGCGUUCUGUGAUCUGCCCACACUCAUUUGCCAAAAUGUGGGUUCAUGGGUUAACGUAAUGAGUAGUGGGUUAUUUGAUUGUAUUUACUUUUUCUGCAAUCGACCACCUUUUAGGUGUGGUGACUUCGCCAGGACGACCAUCAUCGUACGACCACCACUUUAUUCUCUAACGCAUGGCCAUUAAACAUCAAAUAAAAUAAAUGUACGAGGGGUGCAGUAGCGACAUCCAGUGGUGAGAGUCUGAAGUGGCUGGAGGAAUAAAUAGCCAAUAUCCACGCAGAAUCCCCGUACGCGCCAACAGCCUAUUGUCUCUUUAACGAGUCUAAGACAAACGAUCGCUUCCGCGAUCUGAUCUCCCACACUAGAAAUCAAGUCUUGAUAAAUUAUAAAAGAUAACCCGUUGUUUUUUUGUGAAAUCAUUUAUAUUCAGGAUGCAGUGGGACGAGUCGUAUUGCCUUGUUCAUCAGAACAAGGGUGAUAUUGACUUGCCCUGCAGAGGGCAGCCGAGUUCAAGAUAAAGCAGGAUUUUCUUUGUCUUUUCUUUUUUGUGUGGCUAUUAUAUUUUUUUCCACCGUGUAAAAUUGUGCAGGUCAUUUGCAUUGACUGGAAAAAUGCUUUCUACACAUUAUUCCACAAUAAAGUUUUGAAUGUACAUAUGGAUAACAUGUGGAAUUUGGUUUUAU